UACAGUACCAUGUGCGUGCUGCAUAUUACCAACAACGCACAGCAAAUACGUACGAUACAUGGCUGAUCGUAUAAAAUCCGAAGAGUGAAAAGAAUUUUGGAUUAGUCGUUGAAAGCAGUCGAACGCUAAACAUUAGACCCUCUCGAAGGCCAUGUACAAGAUUACGUUAAUAAUUGUUUUUGUUGCACUUGUUAUUGUGUUAAUUUUAUGUUUAACACUGGGUGGAGAACAAAGUACUGAACAACUCGCAAAAUAUGAUAUCUUCGACGAUGCAGAAAGUGCUGGCUCAAAUAAGCCAUCACCGGAGGAGGAGAAAGAUCCAGAGUUUUGGCUGACGCUGGGUCGUGAGGAAUUAUUCAAAAGCCUGGCCAAACAAAAGCUGAAUGUAAACAAAGCCAAAAACAUCAUUCUGUUUAUGGGUGAUGGAAUGGGCUUGAGUACAAUAACCGCUGCUCGAAUAUUAAAAGGGCAACGUAUGAAUCACACAGGCGAAGAAGCUGUUCUAAGUUCUGAUAAAUUUCCCUAUACAGCUUUGAGUAAGACUUAUUGUUCUAAUGCCCAGGUGGCCGAUUCUGCUUGUAGCGCCACCGCAUAUUUGUCUGGAGUCAAGGGAAAUAUUAUCACCAUAGGUGUAAGUGCAGAGGUCACUUAUAAUAACUGUACUGCCAGCAUGGAUCCUGCCAAUCAGGUGUCGUCUAUAGCCGCCUGGGCCCAGAGAGCAGGUAAAUCCACUGGCUUUGUCACCACCACGCCUGUUACUCAUGCCAGCCCUGCCGGUGUUUAUGCUCAUACAUCGAACCGUUUGCAUGAAUGUGAUGCCGAUUUAAUGAGAUACAAUAUCGACCCCCGCAAAUGCAUGGACAUGGCUCAGCAACUGAUAACACAAAAGCCAGGACGAAAUUUGAAUGUCAUAAUGGGUGGCGGCUUGGGUAAACUCAUGCCCAAUGAUCAGAGAGAUUCCCAUGGCAACUAUGGAGAACGUAGAGAUGGCAAAAAUCUUGUUUCCACCUGGGAAGCUAUGCAUCCACAGGGUGCCUUCGUUACGAACCGUGAGCAAUUGCUAAAAGUAAAUACUUUAAAUGUUUCUCACAUAAUGGGCAUAUUUCAAAGUAAAAGCAUGAAAUUUAACGCCUUUGCAGAUGAAACAUAUCAACCGACGUUGUCGGAGAUGACAAAAGUAGCCCUACAGCUUUUACAACGUAAUGAGAAAGGAUAUUUUGUGUUCAUCGAGGGGGGUCUGAUAGAUUCAGCUCAUCAUGAUAAUAGGGCUGGUUUGGCAUUAGAGGAGACUUUGGAACUGGAUAAGGCUGUACAGCUUGCGCGUGACAUGACCGAUCCUUCGGAUACACUUAUUCUAGUAACUGCAGAUCACUCACAGCCCAUGACCCUGGCUGGCUUUCCCGGCCGUGGUACGCCCAUAUUGGGCUUAAAUCAACACGAACGCUCACUGGAUGGUUUAAAGUAUUUGACCCUAUCCUAUCCCUUGGGCUAUGAACAAUACUUGGAUAAAAAGGGAAAACGCAUGGAUUUAGAGAAAUUGAAUUGGAAAAUUGAUAGCAAAUACCCAAGUGCGGUAAAAGUGUUUAAAGGCCCUCAUUCUGGUGAGGAUGUAAGUGUUUAUGCGUCGGGACCUUUUGCCCAUCUUUUUACAGGAGUUUUACAACAGAAUACCAUACCAAUUAUGGCGGCCUAUGCAGCGUGCAUUGGGAAUGGACCUACAUUGUGUGAUGGGUGAAAAUGUAAAC